AGCACCGCAGCAGAAGACCUGAUGGACCAGACCAUCUCUAUUGCAUUCUCAUAUUAAACAUCUUGAUUAAAAGUAUUUAAAUAUUUCUUAAACACUUCCCCUCAAUACUGCAUACUAAUACUGCAUCGUUAUUAUUUUCAUUAUUACACACGAUGAUUGCUAAUGAUCUAAAUCUGACAUAUUCUGAUAAAUUAAAGUCCUCCAAAUAGACAAAGGUUUCCCAUAUUUUUCAGGUGUCUAGACAGUAGACACAGAACAUGAAUAUAUUUAGAUAUAGUUAGGGUUUUUUUCUCUCUCUGACGCAUGCAGUCCAGAUGUCACUCAGCUGGAACCUCUGGAUGUGUGAUUGGCCUAAGGUCGAUGAGGGGCAGGUUGGCCCCGCCCUCAUCCAGAUGUGCGUCUCGCUCCAGUGUCCUUAGUCCACUGCUGUCUGCAGCAGAGUGCGGAGCGUCGGGAAGUCAACAGGAGGGUGCGCAUGGGUCCAUUUAAAGUCCCAAAAGCGAGGCGCACGCAGACUCUGGUCGCUGAGGUGUUUUUUUGUUAUUGUUGGUUUUUCAGUCGGAUGCAACCAUUCUAACAUGUGUUGAUCAUGUUCUGUGAUCUUCACGCUGGACUUCACCCUGGAGGAGGUAGAUCUACCUGAGCGGGUUGAGAUGCGGAGCUAAUGGAGACAGGCAGGGCUGAGCGCGGUGCCACUCCAGCGCGCUGAGCAGAGAGCCACAGAGCCUCAUUCAGUGCGCAGCGCAAUCUGCCGCAUGACUUGUGCAUCUUUUCUCUGCGCUGCAACUAUUUCUGGCUCAAUUUUCACCAAAGGAGCUGGAGGAUUUGUUUUCCUGGCAGCUUGAUGGGGCUCGCACCUCUCACCACAUGCGUCUGAGUGCGGCGUGAGGCGCACCUCAAGACCGAGACGAGCGACGUGCAGAGGCGUGCGGUUAAUUGAAAUCGAUCGAGCGGUUUGUUUUUUGAAUGUGAAGCGGCAGAAGAGGUUAUUUCUCCUCUCCUCCUCCUUCUCCCCCUCCUCUAUACCUACAACAUGACUUCACUGUCGGGGACUAGGGAGAGGAGCAGCCGGAGCAGAAAACAUGGGAUGCCUGACUCCUCCCCAACAAAAUCGGCCUCCAUUUUCCCGGACACAUGGUGCCGAAAGGCCUACGAGGAAACCAGUCGCUCCGGCACUCGUCCAGCGCCAGAGGGAGCCGGGUCCAUGCCCAGCUCCACUGGUACCCCUUCCCCAGGCUCGGGGAUCUCAUCACCAGGAUCCUUCUCUGGAUCUCCGGGAACUAUUUCCCCAGGGAUUGGCACUGGAUCACCGGGUUCUCUCGGAGGCUCUCCGGGUUUUGGGACAGGAUCGCCGGCCUCAGGGAGUGGAAGUUCACCUGGAAGUGAAAGGGUGAUUUGGUGUGAGAACUGCAACACGCGUCUGACAGAGCUGAAGCGUCAAGCACUGAAACUGCUCAUCCCAGGCCCGUACUCCAGCAAGGAUCCGUCCUUCUCACUCCUCCUCCACGACAAGCUUCAGGUGCCCAACAGUUCUCGGCGUGCGUGGAACGAGCGCGACAGUCGCUGCGAUGUCUGCGCCACUCACCUCACUCAGCUCAAACAGGAAGCUGUGCGCAUGGUCCUCACCCUGGAUCAGUGGGAUCUGUCUCCCACUUCCUCGCCUCCAGCUCGAUACGGAUCUCAUGGACCUUCAGGACCAGCAGGCGCCUCGGGACCGCCAGGAGUUCCGGUUCUCCCGUCCUCUUCUGUGACGGCUUCAUACACUCCUCACUCAUCUUCGCAGUCUCCUUCUCCGAGCCCCAGUCAGACCCCGACACCAAGCCCGAUCCAUGGACAGUCCACCCCCAGUCAAGGGAGUCCCUCAGGGCCGCAAACGUCCAGCUGUGGUCCCAUAAGUCAACAGCUCCAAGGAUCAGGACACAGACUGGGAUCCAAACCCAGCUCCUUGGGUCUGGGAGCGGGGUUGGACCGAAGGAAUGGCUCCCCCAGCUCUGGGAAAGCGGGUUCCCAGCAGCAACCAGUGAGCGGCGUAAGCAGUCCCAGUAACAACGGUGGGGGAGCGGUUCUGAGCGCAGCAGCUCUGCAGGCCCAUCAGCACCAGAACCGGACCAAUGGAGGAGUCACUCUGUAUCCAUACCAGAUUUCCCAGAUGAUCUCUGACGCUUCGAGAGAAGGAGUGACUGAAGCGGCCCUGAACCGCUACAACUCUCACUCCCCUGCACGCGCAAACUCUCCGUCACACACAAACUCUCCGUCCAACACGCCGGCUGUCACCACCUCAGCACCCACUGCCACUUCUGCAGCCGCCUCCUUCUUCGCCAGAGCUGCUCAAAAGUUGAACUUGACGUCAAAGAAGAAGAAGCAGAAGACCACCGUGGCUGCAGCCCCUCUGACAUCAUCUCCGUCCUCCUCCUGCGACCCUCAUCUAUUCCCGACUAACUUCAGCUCUGCUUUGGUGACGAUGCCUCCACCUGCUCCACCUUGUCUUCUUCGAGCAGCAAACAAGAUCAAAGACACGCCCGGCCUUGGAAAGGUGAAGGUGAUGGUCAGAGUUUCCCCAACGUCUCAGUCUGAUGCUACAGAGUCCAGUUCCUUCUUGAAAGUGGAUCCCAGAAAGAAACAGAUCACCAUCAUGGACCCGUCUGCCAACCAGACACCGAAUGCUGCCUCCCAGAAAAGAGCAGGAGUCAAUCACGCUCCUCCAAAGAUGUUCACCUUCGACGCCGCAUUUCCUCCUGAUGCAUCACAGGCGGAGGUGUGUGCAGGAACGGUGGCUGAGGUCAUCCAGUCGGUGGUGAACGGAGCGGACGGCUGCAUCUUCUGCUUCGGACACUCCAAACUGGGAAAAUCGUACACAAUGAUUGGUCGUGAUGACUCUCUUCAGACCCUGGGAAUAAUCCCCUGUGCCAUCUCCUGGCUGUUUAAACUCAUCAAUGAGAGGAAGGAGAAAACAGGAGCGCGCUUCUCUGUUCGAGUCUCUGCUGUGGAGGUUUGGGGAAAGGAGGAAAACCUGAAGGAUUUGCUGUCUGAAGUGGCUACAGGAAGUCUGCAGGACGGCCAGUCGCCUGGAGUUUAUCUCUGUGAAGAUCCAAUCUGUGGCAUGCAGCUCCAAAACCAAUCGGAGCUCCGUGCUCCGACCCCAGAGAAGGCGGCCUGGUUUCUGGAUGCAGCCAUCGCAGCUCGCCACAGCAGCCAGCGACCCAACACCACAGAGGAAGAACACAGGAACUCCCACAUGCUCUUCACGUUGCAUAUCUACCAGUACCGCAUGGAAAAGACAGGCAAAGGAGGGAUGUCAGGAGGUCGUAGUCGACUCCACCUGCUGGACCUGGGGAGCUGUGAUGCUAAAGCACUGGGAGGAGGCAGCGGCGGCGGGAAAAGCAGAGAAAACUCUUCACCAAGCUCGGCUCCUCUGUGCCUUUCUCUGUCCGCCCUCGGGAACGUGAUUCUGGCCCUGGUCAACGGCAGCAAACACAUUCCCUACAAGGACAGCAAGCUGACCAUGUUGCUAAGGGAGUCGCUAGGCAACAUGAACUGCAGGACCACCAUGAUUGCUCACAUCUCCGCCUCGCCGAGAGAUUUCUCCGAAACCCUCUCCACCAUCCAGAUUGCUUCACGCGUCCUCCGCAUGAAAAAGAAGAAAACUAAAGUGACUGUGCAGUAUACGUCUAGUUCCUCUGGAGGAGAAAGCUCCUGUGAGGAGGGUCGUAUGCGCCGUCCAACCCACCUGCGACCUUUCCAUCAUCGCGGCGACGCCGACUCCGAACUGCCACUGCUGAGGCUGUCCAGCGACCCGGACGAGUACUCCAGCAGCGAGCAGUCCUGCGACACGGUGAUCUACGUGGGCCCAAACGGAGCGGCGGUGUCGGACAGAGAGCUGACGGACAACGAGGGGCCGCCGGAGUUCGUCCCGAUUGUCCCAGCUUUGCUCCGAGGAAAAACACCUGAGCAGCAUCAAAUACAGGGGCAAGGUCCGCCGGCUGGAGUCCAGAACAAGGCUCAGACAGACGAGCAGACCAGUGGCCCAGUGCCGCCGCAGCCCUCCCAAUCACUGCUUGGUCAACCAUUGGCUCCAGUUCCAGAGGAAGGAGCCGAAUGUCUCAAAUGCAACACCUUCGCUGAGCUGCAGGAGAGACUGGACUGCAUUGACGGCAGUGAGGAGGUGGCAAAAUUUCCCUUUGAAGAAAUUCCCGCAAGCAAACCCAGUGCCAAGCAGGAGUCAUGUCCUUCCUCAUCUGCUCCAGGCUCUGCAGAUGGGCUGGAUGCCGAGGCCAAAAUAGCCUCUAAGAGGAGAAGCAAUGACCAGCAGCUUCAAGAGAUCAAGGAGGUGGUGGAGGAGGCAGAGCUCGCUCAAACAAUGAUCCACAGUUUAGCUCAGGCCACUGGAUGCCCCCUGGUUACCAGUUCCAGGAGCAUAACUGGGAGCAGCAGCAUUAUCACCUCCAAUCCCUCACACAAAGCCAAGAACUCUCAGUUACAUGACAGCCAUGAGAAUCUGAAUGCGGUCGGAAAUAUUGAGGGGAAGGCUCGUCCUCUUGGGUCGCCGCGCUUGGGCAUCGCAAGCCUGACAAAAACCUCAGACUACAGGCCUCCAUCUUCCCCAUCACAGCGAUGUAAGGUGUACACUCAGAAGGGUGUGAUGCCAUCAACACCCCCACCAUCCUCACACAGCCUGGCUCAGGACGGCCAGGCCACUGAGGCUUUGACCUCUGAUAACAGUUUGGCUGCAGACAGUGGCCGCUCCUCCACAGAGUCACUGCUGUCCAGGACUUCUCCUGCAGGGAUGAGCCCACAAGUCCGAGAGCCAACCGCAUCCCUCUCUGCCAGCCUGGGCUCAGCUGAGACACUCUGUGACGACGAUGUCCCACCGAUACCUUUGGACGCACACAAAGACACUGCAGCAGCAUCUAUAGGAGGAAGUGGGACUCUUCUCCCUGGGGAGGAUGAUGUAGUUUACACCAUGGCCUGCAGAGAUGAAGAGGACAUUGUCGCUACAGCUCUUGUUGAAGACCAGAGCUUGGUCUGUCGUCCAGUGAGCAUCAUCAGCUUUAACAGCGACUGUGGCUCUGAAGCUGCCCUCGCUUUAGAACCUCAACCCAUUGCCAUUAGCAGUGACGCUGCUUUAGAUGGAACAAUGGAAAGUUACCACCUGUCUUCAGGAAUUGCAGCAAACACAAGCGUUAAGGAUGUGGUGGCAAUGGCAGAGGAAGCGAUGGCAAAGUUGCGGACUGGUGAAACUUUAGCAACAGGAAUGUCAAACUCCGGAUCACCCAUGUCCUCUUGGAUGAGCGAUCUCAGCAUGUGCAGCGAAGCAGAUCAGUCUAUGCACAGCUUCAGCCAGUCUCAGAGACAGCAAGGAGAAGCACUGGCUGAUUCUGAAGUCAGCCAAAGCUUUGAAGUUGAGGUUUUGGAUGGAUGUAGGAGUGGGGGAAGCUCAAGAAGAGGCAGUCUGGAAGGAGAGCUCGAUCUAUCAGAGAAGGCGUCGGAUAAAGGGACUCCAAACAGAGACAGGCAGAGAAAACUGCCACCAUCUAUGGCGAAAACUAACAUUCAGAUUCUGCCUGGGCCUGGAAAUCUUUCCCCUUUCAAGACUACAAUAAGUGUUCACCCUUGCAUGGUUGUCAAACCCAUGAUUAUACAUGAGCCCACAAUCCUCUCUUCCCCAAUAAAGACGGCCUUAAUGAAAGACACAGGGAAAGCUAAAGCUGAAAUUUUAGCCUCCAUCUCCAGUGAGAUAAACUUUGAAGACCCUUGGUUGAAACGUGGAAUGGAGGAAGGAAGGCCUAGAGAACUUAUCUGUGAAGUUAAGCCAGAAAAAAGGGAAGUAGAGCCUUUAAAGAGCCAAGGAAGGGACUUCUGCAAGGACGGUGGGGAUCACAGUAGCUCUGGAUCAGGCGGUGAAGUGGUUUCCUCUCCAGACUCCUUCAAGAGAGUUGUGGAUGGUUGCGAGAUGAUCACUGUUGGUGUCCAAGGUGAAUGUUUGACUGGAAUCUGCAGCCAAGAUAUCCACCGCACAGCGAGUCUUCCCCGCGGCUGGCACCGACUCAACCACCAGGAUGGCUUAGAAAGUGGAACAGAGUACCGCAACCUUGGAGUCACCAAUUCAACACCCUGCAGUCCCCGUGCCACACUUGAACGUUUAGGAUCCAAAGGAAAACAGGGAUUGUUCUCCCACAAGAAGGGAGGAAUUCCACCUCUUCCACCAGUACGAAAGUCCAGCCUUGAUCAGAGAAACAGGGCAGCCAGUCCUCUCCCCCAACCCACUUAUGGAGUGUCAUCACUAAGCAGCUCUACAGACAAUUCAGGGAUCACCAGACAUCGUGGUUCCAGCAUCGACAGUAGUAGACUCUUCAGUGCCAAGUUAGAACAACUGGCCAACCGAACAAACUCUCUUGGCAGAGUUCACAGCUCGCACAGUGGCUCCCACCACUAUGACUGCUUUUCCCUGGAGAGAGGUGAGAGCCUUAUGGGGGCAGGAGGAGUUAGACGGGACUCUACUAUGCCUCGCACUGGUCGCAGCAUCGCCCGGACUGGCUCAGUAUCAUCGCCCACUGGGAACCUCAGCAGCCCCAGUUUCAGUGGAAGCAGUAGUCCAAGCAGUGCGCCACAGUCACCAGCCAAGGGCAGUGGCCAGUCAAAAAUCUCAGCAGUCAGUAAAUUGCUUAUGACCAGCAGUCCUAAAUCUAGGAGUCUCUCUGCAUCUAGCACCAAGACUCUGAGCUUCUCCACCAAGUCAUUAAACCAUACAAGCAGCCGCAGCUCCAGCCUCCCCCCGAACGGAAAGAACUCAGUCCAGGCCCCCGUUCAGCAGCAGCAAGGAUCUGCCCCUGGAUCGUGGUCGACCCAGUCCCUGAGCCGCAGUCGGGGGGGAAGUCUAACAGCCAAACUGCCUCUGCGGGCAGUCAAUAGCAGAAUCUCAGAGCUCCUCCAAGGAAGUGCAGGAUCUCGCUCCAGAGGCCACGUCCAGGGAGGAAGCACAGAUCGAGCCGAGGAAAAAGGACCUGCAGCAGCAGCAAGUGGAGGUGGAGCAAGUGGUGAUAACCUGGGAGAGGAGAGGGCAGCUGUGGUGCAAACACUCCCCUCUCCUUACAGCAAGAUCACAGCCCCAAGGAAACCACACCGCUGCAGCAGCGGCCAUGCAAGUGACAACAGCAGUGUAUUGAGUGGAGAGCUUCCCCCAGCAAUGGGGAAGACUGCCCUGUUUUACCACAGCGGAGGCAGCAGUGGCUACGAGAGCAUGCUAAGAGACAGUAGUGAGAACACAGGAAGCACUUCCUCGGCUCCAGACUCACUCAGCGAGCACAGCUCAGCCACCACCUCGUCCCGACGGAGCUCCAAGAGCAGCAAGAAGAGCAGGACCAACUCAGGCCUCCAGCGGCGACGUCUGAUUCCAGCUCUGACCCUGGACUCCUCGUCUUCGUCACCUUCUCAGCGCUCCUCCAAACAAGCCAUUACGUCCUCCUCAUCCUCCUCCUCCAGUGCAGGAGCAUGCUGGGUGGACGGCCCACUGGGGCCUCCUGCGUCCUCAAACCAUCGCAGUGCAGCUGCAUCCACAGAAACCAUUGAGAUCAAAGUGUACGAGAUUGACGAUGUGGAGCGACUGCAGAAGAGAAGGGACAAAGGAGGGAGCAAGGAGGGUGUGUUUGUCAGCGCCAGGCUGCGUGUGUUGGAGCACCGCCAGCAGCGAAUCAGUGAAGUCAGAGCCAAGUACCAGUGUCUGAAGAAAGAACUGGAGCAAACCAAACAGCACUUGAUGCUGGAGCCACACAAAUGGACAGCUGAGUUCGAACUGCAGCAGCCCUAUAACGUGGACUCAGUGGAGUAUUUGGAGGCACUGGAAACGGUGACCAACAAACUGGAAACCAGAGUUAACUUCUGCAAAGCCCAUCUCAUGAUGAUUACCUGCUUUGAUGUGUCCUCAAGACACCGGUAGACGGAUGAGAGGCGGCCAGAGAGACCACAACGAGAAAACGUUAUUCUAACAGUGGACAAAAGAACGGAGCGACCCGUUAGAUCAGAUGAACAAAUAGAAAGAGCUGCAGUGAAAACGUCAAGCUUUUAGUGUUUGAGUGAAAUACUCAAAGAAGAGAAGGAGAUUGGAUUACAGCAGAUUACUGAAUGAAAAUCAAACGCCACUCACACUAAGCUAGGAAUGUACCGAGAAAAAGAAAACCGGACAACAAAAUGCCACUUUUGAAAAAACAACAACAAAGAAAAGGUGGAAGAAAUCAGACCUGUAGUUUAUUUUCAUUUUUUAUAAAUAAAAAUAAACUACACUUAUGACGAAUGUAAUUCACAGGUACAUUACUGAACCUGCAAUGAGGUUUAAUGACAGAAAGAUGCUGAAUUGUAUUCCUGAGAGAAAGAGGAAAUGAUUAAGAUAAGUGCCUUCAGAACAUUUCUAACACCACCAAGACCAAUUCUUUCUGAUUUUUUUGUGUACAUGCUGUUGGUAUGGUGCUAGUGUAGAAAAAAAUUGUAUGUCCUCGGAAAUGUUCAUUUUGCAAUUUCCCAGUGUGAUGUUUUUCUGUGGGUUGGUGUUUCCCAGUUCGAUUUUUAAAAAAAUGUUUUAGUGUAUUACCAUUGGUUUGUCAAUGUGAGAAACUACAGCUCUGGAAAAAAUUAGUGAUCAGUUUCUCUUAAUUUUACUUUUUACAAGUAAAUGUUGGAGUAAAAUGAGCAUUGUUCUUUUAUUCUAUGAACUAUUGACAACAUGUCUCCAAAAUUCCAAGCAAAAAUUUUGUAUUAGCAAAAAAUGAGAAAUGGUCAAAAUAACAAAGACGCAGUGCUUUCAGACCUCAAAUAAUGCAGAGAAAACUAGUUCAUAUUCAUCUAGAAACAACAAUACUAAUGUUUUAACUCUGGAAGAGUUCAGAGAUCAAUGUUUGGUAGAAUAACCAGGAGGUUUUCAAUGGGGUUUAGUCAAAUUUCUUUCCAGAGCUGUACAUGACCGAAGCAAACUCUGGUACGAGACGUGGGGAUUUCAGAUUCAGCGUGUAAGGGCGCAGAGGAAAAGAGAAUCUAAUUUACGGAGCAGUCUCUGCCUGGACCUCUCUCUCAAAUGACGCACGUCUGCGUUUCGAUCAGCAGGACUCAGGAGGAUUCCUGCGGCUCAGGUCCCCUGGUACAGAUGUGAUCGCUUUUCCAUGUUCACAGAGGAAAGAAGUGUCAGAGUCGGAGGUGGAGCGGAGGUGAAAAGAUCCGUCUCUGAUCCACUUUUAAAUGCAUCCAUAGACUGACUGGCUGCUGAGUGACUGGCCGUUAUUUGUAUCCGUGUUGUUCUGCUCUACUCUAAAAGAAACUGAAUGAUUUGUAAAUGUGUGUGUUUUCUAAUAAGACUUCUUUUUUAUUUGGGAACAAUGGGACCAUGUAGAGGCUAUGUGUGACGACAAAUAAAUACUUAAAAAGAACUAUGACAGAAAAAGAUAUAAUAGUACAGAGUAUGGUAUUGAAAUUGAAUUAUAAAUUUCUCAGUAAAGGAAUUAAAGUAAGAUUACAUUGUGUUGAAACACUAAAAUAAAUAAAUCUCACUUAUGAAAGUCAUAGCUCUCUGCCUGGUUCCAUUUACAUUGAAUGGAUAGAAACGCUAAAGAUUUGUUAAUGUUAUUAUCUAUGGUGCUUGAGAUGUUUAUGAUCUAAAUGUUUGUAAAAAAUAUAAAUAGAUGAAAGAGCCUGUCUCCCUCUACAGAAAUGUCGUCUUCAUGUAUCUCUUCUCCAUCACAGGAAUCACCGCUGUUAUCCAAUAACUCCAGUUUACCUUUGCUGCACAUCGUGUUUUCUCAAAAACGUUGCAUUAUGGGAUUCAUUUUUUCAAAGCUUUGCUUGAUUUUUCUGUUUUUAUCAAAUUUACCAAAAGAAACACAGUUGAAAUCUAAUUUUUACAUAGACUGUAUAAAAAGACAACUUUUUUCCUAAAUUAAACCACUUUCCUUAAAAAAAGAAAAUGCCAGAAUAACGGGAGAAAGAAUAGUUUAGAGAACCUUUACUACUAUUUCUAAAAUCAGAAGUUUAUAUACACUGUAGUUUAAAAAGUUUCUGUUUAAUUUAUGUUGAUUACAAAUUAGCCUUUUGAUGCAUUAAUGCAGCACCUCAAAUAUACUACUUCAUUGUGUAAGAUUGUGGGGAAAUUCAAAAGAAAUUGGUCAAAACACUCAGGAACAGAAUUAUAAUGCUCCACAAGUCGUCUGGUUUAUCCUUUGAUACCAUUUCUAAUUGGCGGUAUUAACACUGUAAGAAUCUUCCUGUUGGAGGUUUUGUGUCCCAGAGAUGGUCAUGAUAUAUUAUGAAAUAUACAGCUCUGGAAAAUAUUAACAUGACCAGUUUCUCUGGUUUUGCUUUUAUAGGUAUAUGUUUGAGAAAAAUGAACAUUGUUCUAUGAACUACUGACAACAUGUCUGUGGGCUCAUUCUUAUGCUUUUCCAGAGCUGUAUGUGCAACAAGUCUACAACAGGGAUGAUAAAAUAGAUGGGAUCAUGAGGAAAUAAUAUGAGAAGAAAAUAUUGAAGAAAUAUCUCAACACAUCUGUUUUGGAAUUGGAGAUUGGAUAAAAAUGGUCUUAAAAAUUAUCUUUAAUCCCAGAUAUAUCAUCAAAUUAGUUACAAAGUGCCUUAAGAACAAAAUUUGUGUUUUUGAAGUGGCAUUCAUGUCAACUUCUGACUGAAGUAAUAAAAAAAAAUAUUUCUGGCAUUUACCACAUAAAAAUACUUUAACAGGAAGGGAUUUAGUCUGCGCUAAUGUCAAUGAGGAAAAACAUGGAUGCGUUUUUUAUACAUUGUAUGUAUUUAUGUAGUUCAGCUGCAUUUUGUCGAGUCUGUAAUUUUGGUCAGUGUGGCUGUUUAAAUGAGAUAGAGCCAUUGAUGUUUAUAAAAAGCCAUGAUUUGAUAUAACUUAGGCAACAAGAAGAUUUUAAUGACUCUGUUGAGUCAAUUGUUUGGGGGAUUUAAGAUGACGCCAUUUAUUUUUUUUUUCCAAAGUAAUCCAGCCCACCUGUCAUGAAUGAAAGUUUAUUUAUUUUAAGCUCAAAUUGAAAAUACCCUAAUUAAGCUUCUUAUUUAUUUACACCCUCUGAUCUUGGAGUUUCUAUGCAUUUAACAGCAAAUAUCUGUACAUACUUUGAUCCGUCCAUGCCACAUAUAAAUAUAUAUGCUGUGUACACAUGCCAUAUAUGCAGUCACUUUUUAUUUUACAUCUUCUUUUGUUGCUGCUGGUUUAGUUUUCUACAUUUGUUUUUCUUUGGGGAAUUUGAUUUUGGGUUUGGGUUUUUAUUAAAGCACCAAUCCUCUGAUUAUCAAAUAGAUUAUUAUCCAUCUAUAACUAAAAACAAAGUACAAAAAUGUUGCUGCUGUAAAUCAAGGCAACAUAAAAAUAAUAAAGGCAUAAACUAUUUCCAGCUUUCUUUCCAGAGUUUUAAUACAUUUCUUCUGUUUAAAAAUACCAGUUUGUUGUUCUGUAUUUGCAUAUAUGUAAAUAUUUUAAAGAUAAACUGUUUUCCAUAACUAAUGUUGUUGAUGGCAGAGUUAUUGCUGAAGAGGUUUAUUGAAUAUGCAACAAAAAAAAUCUAAAACCAAGAAACUCAGUAAAUAUAAGGCUCACAUGAACAAAAGUAGACAGUGUUUUAGAGAUUAAACUUAUGCUUCCAGUAAAAUCACUAAAAAGAUCACAAAUGAUCACAACUUUUAAAGAUAAUUUUAAAUUUCUACGUUUCUUUAAUGUGGCAGUAGAAAGCAUAUCUGUGGUGUGCUAACAGUGUUAGCAAUGCUUACAAAAAGCUAACAGUAGCUAACUUUGUAAAAUUAAUUUUAAUUGUAAAUCAAGCUUACAAAUACAUAAAUUACCAAAAGUUUGGAAAAAGAUUAAGUUUCAAAGUUAGGCUUUGCAUCAAAAUAGAUAUGAUUGUCCUUCUAUUUUUACAGAAAUUAUCAGAUAAUUUGCUUUUUUCUGCAUUGGGUUUAGCUUUAUCCAAAGCAACUGGCUCUUCUUGAUUAACUGUAUUACAUGGUAUUUGUGAUUUUUUUGUUCUUUUAUUUUUGUACAUACAGUAAGUUGUGUUAAAAUCUUUUGAACCCACAAAUCCUAAGCUCUUUAUUCUUUUUUUUAAACAAAAAGAUGCUGCGUCCAUCUUUUUGUCCUUUUCUGUAGGCUACAUUGUCUUAUGCUUCGAAAACUGAACACAUUUUUGUUAAAUCUCUUGAAUGAAAGCUGGAAGUGUAAACUUUUAUUCAAUCUUGAAUACUUUAUCUCAGAUCCAAUGUUAAUAAUAAAGUCCAAAUACAGGAGAAGUUAACUGCAAAUGAGCACAAAAAGAACAAGAAUAUCAGGUAAUAAAAGAUUAGAAUUUUUCAAAUGACAAUUUGUGGAAACAGAAAUACCCAAAUUUUGAUUAUCAAUAGCUUACUGUAAUUAGUAGAAGGUAACUACAAUCCUUUACAUGUUUCCAGUGUUGAGAUGAUAAGUGGGAGGUUUCCCCUGAGUUGCUGUCAAAUCUAUCUCCUUUGGGUAGUGGUUUAUAAUUCAAGCAAUAACUUAAUAUCAGCAGAGAGUUUGGUGUUAACGCUAAAGUGAGUCUAUGUGAAAUAUGUGGCGUAAUUAAACCAAAUUAUUACUUGUUUAUCUGAAGCCUUUGCUAAUUAUAAUGUGUUAUAAGAAAAUCUGGCACAUCUUAAAUUGUUACAGAAAAAUGUGAUGUGUCGAGAGAAAAUAAAAACACUUAUGAAGACGUAAUAAUUUCUAUUUAAAUAAGUGUUUGAAAAGUUCCUGUACAAAAAUAUCCUUAAUAACGUCAAUAAAUGUCUAACAAAACACCAACAAAGGGUGAAAUGAGAUAAAAUGCAGUGAAAAUACUCUGGUUGUAUCUAUGCUUUCUCCAUAAUUCAAGAUUGUAUGGCCCACUGUAGAUCUCCUGCUUCAGUAAAUAAGGUCUGACUCUUUUGAUGGAAAAUAAGACAGAUGUAAAUAAGGUAAAUAAAGGAAUGUAUGGAAAGAAUUUCA